UAAGGAAUCUACUUAAAAUUUAUGAACAAUGUCAUGGAUAAGAAAUAACAUUUUAAGUUGGUUUCAACGUUUGGCUAUAAGAAUUUUAAAAACUGGGCAUAUUCCUAAGCAUGUAGCAUUUAUAAUGGAUGGUAAUAGACGUUAUGCAAGUAAAACUAGAAUAAAACAUAUAGAAGGACAUACAAAAGGGUUUGAUAAAUUUACUGAAACUUUACAAUGGUGUGCAUACCUUGGUAUUGAAGAAGUGACUUUUUAUGCAUUUAGUAUUGAAAAUUUUAAAAGAAAACAAGAAGAAGUAAAUGGUCUUUUAGAUCUUGCAAAACAAAAAUUUCAGAGAUUAUUAGAGGAGAAGGAUGAUAUACGAGAACAUGGAUUAUGUGUCCGUAUAAUUGGUAAUUUGUCACUGUUACCUCAAAAUAUGCAAAAAUUAAUAGCAGAUACUAUGGUUUUUACAAAAGAACAUAAUAAACGGUUUCUUAACAUUGCAUUUGCUUACACAUCAAGAGAUGAAAUUACACAUGCAAUUAAAGAAGUAAUUGAAGGUGUUCAAAAUGGUAAUAUUCUUUCUGAAGAUAUUGAUGAGAAUCUAAUUUUUAACUGUUUAUAUACUAAUAAUUCCCCAAACCCUGAAUUAUUAAUUCGUACUUCUGGAGAAGUUAGACUUAGUGAUUUUCUUAUGUGGCAAAUAUCAAAUACAUGCAUUUAUUUUAGUAAUACAUUAUGGCCAGAAUUUAAUCUAUGGGAAUUUCUCAAUGCAAUAUUUUAUUACCAAAGAUGUUAUUCUGACAUACAAAAGAUUACGAAAAUGCAAAAUAUAAAACCAAUAAAACAAAAUAGCAGACAGUCAACAUACAUAGACAAAUUGCAUCAUAAACAACAAAUUGCACUUGAAAGAAUACAUUUAUUAAAUAUUUAA